ACAUCUGAGUACUCCAUCACCUGAAUACAGCCUGUCAGAGUUCAGUUCGCAGAAGGGUCGAGCUGGGCGCCUCUAGCCGCCCCACAGAAGAGAAGCUGUUGUCUACAAGGAUGAAGCGUUUCGGCGCCAGAGUCCUGUCGCGGGGCAAGGACAAGGACAAGGACAGCAAGUCCAAGAAGAAUAAAGAUGCGAAGGACGGAACAGCGUCGCCGAACACCUCGAAAGAUUCCACCCAGUCGCCCGUCAUUACCCCUUCUUCCUCUACUUCCACCCUGAAUGACAUUCGCAACAAGCCACUCCCCCCCAACAGUGCCGCCCAUGGCGAUCCCGCUACUCUAGGUGCCCAGACCCAGCCCGGCAGCGCCGGCGUGAAUCCCGGCGCACCGGAUCGAUUCGGCGGCGGCAUUACUGGACAGUCUCAGGGUGCCAACGGCAGCGGCACGCCUGUUAGGCAUGGCCCUCUUCCUCCCACGGUUAUAAUCAGCCCUAGCGCUCCGCACGUACCGCCGCCCGGCGCCGCUGAGACGAUGCCGCACGAUCUCGCCCCGCCAAAGGCCGGCCAGAAGUCGCUGAUGUACGACCGAUUGCACCAAACUCCUAAGGACGUCCUUGAGGGCCCCAAGACGCCGAGGCGGCAACACUCGUCGCGGUUCGACAUCUCUCCCCAUCGUGAGCUGGAGAAGCUCCCUGGGUUCCACGAGGUUCCGCCGGGACGCCGGGAAGAUCUCUUCAUGAAGAAAAUCGAGCAGUGCAACGUCAUAUUCGACUUCAAUGAUGCCAGCGCUGAUAUGAAGUCCAAGGAGAUCAAGCGACUGGCUCUCCAUGAGCUCCUUGACUAUGUUGCCAACAACCGGCAGGUCAUCACUGAGCCCAUGUACCCCGUCGUCGUCGGAAUGUUUGCGAAGAACCUGUUCCGCCCGAUCCCUCCUCCCAUGAACCCGCAAGGCGAGGCCUUCGACCCAGAAGAGGACGAGCCGGUCUUGGAAGUCGCAUGGCCACACAUCCAGGUUGUCUAUGAGUUUUUCCUGCGGUUUAUCGAGAGCCAGGACUUCAACACGAACAUCGCGAAGGCGUACAUCGACCAUAGCUUCGUCCUACAACUUCUCGAGUUGUUCGAUUCCGAAGAUCCACGUGAGCGGGAUUUCCUGAAGACGACGUUGCACCGCAUAUACGGAAAAUUCCUUAAUCUGAGAUCCUUCAUACGUCGGUCCAUCAACAACGUCUUCUUCCAGUUCACCUACGAAACCGAGCGAUUCAAUGGCAUCGCCGAGCUGCUGGAGAUCUUGGGCUCCAUCAUUAAUGGUUUUGCUUUACCCUUGAAGGAAGAACACAAGCUCUUCUUGACAAGAGUACUGCUCCCUCUUCACAAGGUGAAGAGCUUGAGCAUGUACCACCCCCAGCUCGCCUACUGCAUCGUGCAGUUCCUAGAGAAGGAUGCUUCCUUGACAGAAGAGGUCGUCCUUGGUCUCCUGCGGUAUUGGCCGAAGGUUAACAGCACCAAGGAGGUCAUGUUCCUUAAUGAGGUCGAAGACAUCUUCGAGGUCAUGGACCCGGCCGAAUUCGCAAAGGUUCAGGAACCUCUGUUCCACCAGCUUGCGAAGUCAGUAGCGAGCCCGCACUUCCAGGUCGCCGAACGGGCGCUCUACUUCUGGAACAACGAGUACUUCUGCAAUUUGGUCAGCGACAACGUCGAAAUCAUCCUCCCCAUCAUGUUUGCGCCACUCUAUGAGAACUCAAAGGGCCACUGGAACAGGACAAUCCACGGGAUGGUGUACAACGCAAUGAAGCUGUUUAUGGAGAUCAACCCGCAGCUCUUUGACGAUUGUUCACAUGAAUAUACAGAGCAGCAGAACAGCGCCCCUGCGAGAGAAGCCCUUCGCCAGAGGAAAUGGGCCGCCAUCCAGGAUCAAGCGAACAAGAGGAAAGCCGCCAAUGGGUCGACCGCCGCUACCGGUGCACCACCACCACGUAUGGCACAGCCAACUCUCCCUAGGGUGGAUGAGAUGGACGCUGCCGAGGACAACCAGAAGCGGCUGGACUCGCUUAAGCUUCAGGAUGGCGAUAGGAGCCGUCGGCCCGGCAUGCACGACAGGCAGAACUCAGUUGGCUCCGCACGGAGUCGUUGAGUUUUGCCAACUGCCGAUCAGUUUUCUCCGGACUUCGUUCUGUCAAUGUGCCCUAAUAGGGCAUGCGCCGUUUUUUGCAAUUCGUCUGCCUCGACCAUAAGAAACCUAACAAUACAACCAUUGGUUUUCUACACUUAAGCUUUUGGUUUUAGGAGUUGGGCGUUGGAAGAGGCAUAAGCACAGCCAGCGGAAAACAAUGCAAAAGCGUUCAACAUUGAGAUGUUCUGCAUCGCUGUGCUCUGCUUUGGCUUUGGCU